CCCACCUCUAGGCGGCGUCGCGCGCGGAUCUCCUCACUUUUUUCAGACAAAAUAAACAAAUAGUUCUCGGACGGGAAGCCAAUAAGUGUAAUGAAUAGUAAUUAAGCGGUCGACGUGCGCGAGUCACCACACUCUAUCUCAUCGAAUUAAAAUUGUUCGCCCCGACGCGUUGAGUUAUGUUCCAUUCGCCCAACCAAUUUUGAAGAGAGCUGGUCGAAGUCCACAGUUGCAGUCGGCCGGAGUAGUUGGUUGCCAUGAUGCGAUACUCGGAAAUCUCACGCGACUUGUCCACGGAUAAUCUUCGCUACUCCGAACUGAGCCGAAAGUCCACACCGGAUUAUAAUGGGUGUGCUGGCCAGGCUUACGCCUCGGCACAGUUCAAGCAGAGCUCUCCUCCUCCGCAGACACUCCAGAGCCAGCAGCCGCGCUCCAAUAAACAACGCAGUCCCCACCCCAAUGGAAAUGCCCACACCAUGGCUUGUCUGCGCCAGGAGAAGGCCCAGAAGGACAACCAAAUGGAACCGCCAGCGACGCAACCGGCCAGCAAAACCCUCAAUAUAAAGAGCACUCGCCGUAAGAACUCCAUUGGCUGCCUGAACAGUUUCUCCUCUUCGCCAGACUCACCGGGCUGCUACUACAGCAUGGCAGCCUCGGCAGCACCGCCGUCCAAGUCGCAAAGUUUGCCGGCCCAUGCCUCCAUCAAACAGUUGGAUGCGGUUAUCCUGAGCGCCUUACGUGUACCCGCCGAUGUGUUGGCAAAUCAGAUCACUCUGCUGGACUUUCCUGUGUUCGCCAUGAUCCAGCCGGAUGAGCUGAGCAGUUGUGCCUGGACGAAGAAGGACAAACACGUCAAUACACCGAACAUUGUGGCAUUUACCAAGCGAUUCAAUCACACGAGCUUUUGGACAGUCCAGGAGAUCUUAAAUGGCGAACAGCCCAAGCAGCGAGCUGAAAUAAUGACACAUUUUAUUAAGGUGGCCAAGAAACUCCACGAGCUCAACAAUCUGCAUUCGCUGUUCGCCAUCAUCUCGGCCAUGCAGAGCGCCAGUAUCUAUCGCUUGAAAAAGACCUGGUCCUGUCUUUCGAAGAAAGAUCGCCAGUCCUUUGACCGACUGAGCGAUAUAUUCAGCGAGCAGGACAACUGGUCCAAUCUGCGCUCCUACCUGGAGAGCCUGCGCCUGCCCUGCAUUCCCUACUUGGGUCUCUUUCUCACCGAUCUGAUCUACAUCGAUCUGGCGCAUCCCCACAAGGGCGGACUGGAGCCAGAGCAGCGUCGCAACAAGAUGAAUAAUAUUUUGCGGGUCAUCUCCAACUACCAGCAGUCGGAUUACAGGCAUCUGCAGAAGCACGAGGCCGCCCAGAAGUAUCUCACGUCCAUUCGAUACAUUGAAGAGCUUCAGAACAUUUUUGUGGAAGAUCAAUACCAACGCUCACUCAACCUGGAACCCGCCGCGCCCUCUGGCCCGAGCUCAUCAUCCUGCAGCUCGAAGGAGUCCUUCAAUGUGGAGACUGUCACCCCGGCCCUGGGCUGUUUGAAUCUCUCGCCCGCCAAAACCAUCGGUUCCAUGCGCCUGGCCAGCGGCACCAAGUUCGUGCCUGGCCAUCGCAAGUGCCGUAGUCUGGGCACCAAAUUCCGCAGCAGCAGCCUGCCGCGAAACUUUGCCCAGAAGUGCCAGUGCUGCAUCGUGAUGAUUGCUCCUGGCAUUGGCACCAUCUCCAACAAGCGUUGCCGAUGCCGUCGCAUUUUUGGAAAGCCACAUAAUCAUGUCGAUGGACACCCGCACCACCUUCAUUUGGAGCACGAAGCUGGUCAGCAGCCACAGCGACAUCACCUACUGGAUGACUCGGUGCUGGAGCACAGCGACGCCCUCUCCCAGGCGGACCUGACCUCGCUGGAGAGCGCCGAGGGCAUCAUGUGCGACUUCAGCGGCAGUGACUGUGAUCUGAUGUCGCCGGAGGCAGCGGCCGCCAUGCAGGGAUGCGUGCGAAGGAAAACCGUCCAGAAGGAGGGCCGAAAGCCGGCCGUGGCCUCUUGGCAGCGGUACUGGUUGCAGAUAUGGGCCAACUCGCUGGUCUACUUCCCGCCGAAAUCCUUUAAGGGCAGCGAUCGAAACGACUUCAAGCGGGAGCCGUGUAAAGUGUGUCCCCUGGACGGAUGGUACGCCCAUGUCAGUGACAACUCCAAGCAUAAAAACACCUUCGAGCUCUGCCACCGAUCCCAGGGCACGGUCUACCGCUUCCGGACAGACAGUCCCCAGAUGUCGCACCUCUGGUCGAAUGCCAUUUGCAAACUGGCCAACUUGCGGGCCCCCAAGCCCCUGCCGGCCAACCUAAUGUCCUUCGAGUGAUCGGGACAGGAAAUAAGUAUAAGAAAACAGGAACUCGAAUCUAUUGUACUCAUCAUUGUAGCCUAGAAGCCCUAGUUUAGUUAGCUUGUCCCUGGAAAUAAGCACAGCCAAAAAAAAAGAACAACAAACCACCCACCAAACCACUUACUCACUCCCUGGAACGAGGCAACCACAGAACAUUCCCAAAACCACAACGAACGAACAAAUUGCAGCCUGCAUCUAAGUGAAUCGAUUUCUUAAUGGUAUUUCAAAAGACUGACACCGACAGAGAACACGAAGUGGCGACCAUGCCGAGGAAGCCACACAAUCAUCCCAAAAAACAGACUAAACAACGAACACCAUGCAACAGCCCUGUUUCAAAAUUCGAAUUAUAAUAUACAAUCAAUAGCAAUCAGCGUUUUUAAAAUAUGAAACACAAAAGGGCUGACUUAUCGUUUCUGUGCUGUCAUUUAUAUUGUAUUUGUCAUUUGUAUUAUUAAGUCAAUUACUCGGACAUUUAAUCAACUUAAUUGUGCGCUAUAUCGUGCCAUAUUAGUUCUAAAUUUGUGUUCACACAACGACAGUUGAGAAUCGAACGAAUAACUUUGUAACAAAGAAUCAAAAAGCAACCGAACUUUGUACGCGUAACUAAGGGCUUUAAUAUUGUAUCGCUAUCACUAUAUCACGAUCAACAUUUGUUAAUCCGUAUAUCUGCCUUAAGUUGAUGCACUCUAGACAUUACUAAGAAAUCUAUUAAACUCUAAACUAAACUAAACGUAUCAAAUAAGUUGCAUGCGUGAAUUGUAGAAAAACGAAACUAAUGUUAGUUCUUUUUUGUAUUUUUUCCGUGUUGAGAUGGCCGAUGGCCAUCGUGAAUUGUAACUACUAAGCUUUGUCACCCAUACAGAUUUUCAUUUGCAGCGUUUUUACGUUAGUUUUAGAAAGAAAUGCAACAAAAAAAAACAAAAUCUACAAAAUUAAACAACAAAAAAAUGAA